GAACGUCAGGAAGCAAACAACGUUAAGUGAAAGUAUUAAUCAUGCCAAUUGAAAUCAAUACCCCCGAUAAGUUGGAGUACCAAUUCUUCCCGGCCAGCGGAGGACUGUUCACCUUCAAGGUGCGUUCCCCCAAAGAUGCCCACUUGGCACUCACACCCGCUCCCGAGGAUACCGGCCCAAUCUACGAGAUCUUCCUGGGCGGAUGGGAGAACACCAAGUCGGUGAUCCGCAAGAACCGCCAGAAGCCCGAGGUGGCCCAGGUGCGCACUCCCGGUAUCCUAAAUGCCAACGAGUUCCGCGGCUUUUGGGUGCGCUGGUAUGACAAUGUCAUCACAGUGGGCCGCGAAGGAACUGCCGCUGCCUUGCUUUCCUACGACGCCGGCAGCCUGUUCCCGGUGAAGUUCGUCGGCAUCUGCACGGGAUGGGGCGCCAGUGGAUCCUGGCAGUUGGAUGAAAUCAACACCCCCGAUAAGUUGGAGUACCAAUUCUUCCCGGCCAGCGGUGGACUGUUCACCUUCAAGGUGCGUUCCCCCAAAGAUGCCCACUUGGCACUCACACCCGCUCCCGAGGAGAACGGCCCAAUCUUCGAGAUCUUCCUGGGCGGAUGGGAGAACACCAAGUCGGUGAUCCGCAAGGACCGCCAGAAGCCCGAGGUGGCCGAGGUGCCCACUCCGGGUAUCCUGGACGCCGGCGAGUUCCGCGGCUUCUGGGUGCGCUGGUAUGACAAUGUCAUCACCGUGGGUCGCGAAGGAGAUGCUGCUGCCUUCCUUUCCUACGACGCCGGCAGCCUGUUCCCGGUGAACUUCGUCGGCAUCUGCACGGGAUGGGGCGCCAGCGGAUCCUGGCAGUUGGAUGAUUCCGCUCCCUCUGCACCAGCGAUUGGCUUUGCAGCGCCCACCGGAAGCGGACCAGGAUGCUGGGUGGCCGCCGCCAACGGAGAGGUUCCGCCCAACGCCCUGGAGGGAGGAUUCGACAGCAGCGAGCAGCUGUACAUUGCCCGUGCCCGUCACGAGGGUGACCUGAUUCCCGGCAAGCUGCACCCAUCCCACGGCGUCACCUACGUGGCCUACGGAGGCGGUGAGCACGGACACGGCGAGUACGAGGUGCUCUGCGCCGCCGGAGGACAGUGGGUUGCCGUCGAUGCCGGAAACAUUCCGCCCAACGCUUAUCCCGCCGGCGAGACCGCCGAGGGCGAGCCGCUCUUCAUCGGACGCGCCACCCACGACGGAACCAUCACCGUGGGCAAGGUGCAGCCCUCCCACGGAUGCUGCUACAUCCCGUACGGCGGCGAGGAGCUGGCCUACAAGGAGUUCGAGAUCUACGUGGCCAACUAAGUCCCCUGGUUCGACUCCAUGAUGUCCAACGCACUGAAGCACAAUUGUUAAACUGAGCGCAUUACAGUUCAACUGGUCGCAGAAAUUUUAUUUAUAUUUGCAUUUCUACUCAAUACUGUUGAAGAAUCUCGAUUUGAUGCCGAAAAGGUUAUUAUUUUGUUCACCCAAAUUGGUAAAUAAACAAUAAAUAUGUUUAAGAAAAUAACAUAUCACAUAUAAAUAUUGUAUGUGAAUUUCCGUCAAGGAUA